AUGAGCACAGCAGGCCAAAGGUCUCUGCUUGCACUGCAUCUUCAGUGCACCAUCCAGGCUUUACAAGAUGAGCUCAGAAUCCAGCGUGAUCUCAACCAGCUCUUCCAAUCUGAUUACUCUGGCCUCGGAAGCCAGCCCAUUUCCCCUCAAGAAAUGACAGAGGAGAACUUCCUGCGCCUCCACGCUGAGUAUGAGAGGCAGGCCAAAGAGCUCUUCCUCCUGAGGAAGACUGUUGAAGAAAUGGAGUUGAGGAUAGACACACAGAAACACACACUAACAGCCAGGGAUGAGUCAAUAAAGAAGUUACUGGAAAUGCUGCAAAGCAAGGGUCUGUCAUCACGUGCAACUGAGGAGGAUCAUGAGCGAACGAGGCGACUGGCUGAUGCUGAGAUGACCAUCCACCAGUUGGAGGGCCUGUUGGAGCAAAAAGACAAGGAGAUGCUACAACUCAGAGAGGAGCUGCACAGGAGAUACGAAGCAGCUCCAGAAUCAACAAAGACCAAGGCCCUGCAGACAGUCAUCGAAAUGAAGGAUGCAAAAAUCAGCUCAAUGGAGCGCGGCAUGAGAGAACUGGAAGAGGAGGUGAUGAUGCUCAAAUCUAACGGAGCUCUGAGCAGUGAAGAGCGGGAGGAGGAGAUCAAACAGAUGGAGGUGUACAGAUCCCACUCCAAGUUCAUGAAGAACAAGGUUGAGCAGCUGAAGGAAGAGCUAACUCACAGCGAGUCAGAGAAGGAGGAGCUAAGGCAACGAGCCAAUGAGCUUCAGCGGGAGGUGUCGGCAAUGGAACAGGCCAAGCAGGAGCUGAGCCGUAAGGACAGCGAGCUGCUGGCUCUCAGGACCAAACUGGACACGCUGAACAAUCAGUUUUCUGACAGCAAACAACACGUGGAUGUACUCAAGGAGUCACUAACCGCCAAGGAGCAGAGAGCUGCCAUACUACAGACUGAGGUGGAUGCCUUGCGUCUCCGUCUGGAAGAAAAGGAGUCGCUCCUCUCUAAAAAGAGUCAGCAGAUAUCAGAGCUGACGGAGGAGAAAAGCACUCAGCAAGGAGAGAUCACUGACCUCAAAGACAUGCUGGACGUCAAGGAACGCAAAGUUAAUGUUCUACAGAAGAAGAUAGAGAACCUCCAGGAUCAGCUGAGGGAUAAAGAAAAACAGCUGAGCGGCUUGAAAGACAGAGUUAAGUCUCUGCAGACGGACACCUCAAACACAGACACUGCACUGGGAACACUGGAGGAGGCGCUGGCUGAGAAGGAGCGAAUCAUCGAGCGGUUGAAGGAGCAGCGGGAAAGGGAGGAGAGGGAAAAGGGGGAAGAAGUGGAGUCCAGCAAGAAGGAGCUGAAAGAGUUGAGGGAGAAAGUCUCCCAGCUGCAGGCUGAACUGGCUGACCGUGAGACCUCAGUGUUGGAUCUUAAGGAGAAGGCUUCCUCUUUGGCCUCCUCGACUCUCAAGAAGGACAACAGGCUGAAAAGUCUGGAAAUAAGCCUGGAGCAGAAGAAAGAGGAGUGCAUCAAGCUGGAGAACCAAGUAAAGAAGGCUCAGAGUGCAGCAGCAGAAUCCCAGGCCAACACUGAACUCUCUGAGCAGAUCUCCAGCCUUGAGCAGGAAGUGACCCGGUACAAAGAGGAUGCUGGGAGGGCUCAGUCUGAGGUGGAACGACUUCUCGAGAUCCUCAGGGAGAUGGAGAAUGAAAAGAAUGACAAGGAGAAAAAGAUCCAUGAAUUAGAGAGAAAUCCUGCUGCCUCUCAUCUGUGGCGUUCUCAGCAGUCGGGAAAACAGGCCCCUCCCCCGGUUGCCUCUCAGCAGCCAAUGGGGGGGCUGGUGUGGGACUACCUGGGCACUCUUGCCUCAAGACAGAUGAAGGACCAGUCAAAGAAGGUGGCCAACCUGAAACACAAGGAGCAGGUGGAAAAGAGCAAGAAUGCCCAGCUGAUGGAGGAGGCCAAGAAGAGAGAGGACAAUCUGAACGAAAGCUCUCAGCAGAUAAAGGACUCUCUCCGUCAAAAGGAGGACCGCAUUGAGGAGCUGGAGGAAGCGCUUAGAGAAAGCGUUCAGAUCACAGCCGAGAGGGAGGUGGUGCUCGCACAGGAGGAGCAAGCACGCACACAGGCCGAGACACAGCUCUCUCACAUUCCAAUGCAUGAGUUCACCACAAGCGGAUUUAGGUGGUCAAAGGUGGAGGAUCUGCUGGUUGCCAUGGAGAAGGUGAAACAGGAACUGGAGGUGAUGAAAGCCAAGCUGUCAUCAACUCAACUCUCACUGGCCGAGAAGGAAGGUCACCUGACUGCCCUGCGGGCUGAGAGGCGGAAACACCUGGAGGAGGUCCUGGAGAUGAAGCAAGAGGCACUGCUGGCAGCGAUAAGUGAGAAAGAUGCCAACAUUGCCCUGCUGGAGCUCUCCUCGUCCAAGAAGAAGAAAACCCAGGAAGAGGUCGCAGCUCUGAAGAGGGAGAAGGAUAGUCUGGUCCAGCAGCUCAAACAGCAGACACAGAACAGGAUGAAGCUGAUGGCAGACAACUAUGAAGAUGAUCAUUUGAAGGUCUCGUCUCCAAACUCAGAGCAGCCCAACAAUCACAAGCCCUCCCCAGACCAGAUUCUCUCUCCUCUCCUGGAUCUUAAUCAGAAUCGCAGUAAGCUGAAGCUGUACAUCAGUCACCUGACCUCACUGUGUCAGGAGCGAGACCCAAUCAUAUUGAAAGAUUUUGCCCCGCCCCCCGCCUAUCACCGUUCUGACUCUGCCUCCUGGCAUACACAGCUGCACAGCAUGACGCAGGAACAGUUGGAGGCGGAGUUAGCACUGUGUGAAAGGGAGGGGGCGGAGCUCCAGGAGUAUGCCAAUCAGGUCCUGCAGCAGAUCGCUGACCGAUGCCCUGACAUUUUAGAACAAGUUGUCAACGCCUUGGAGGACAGCUGCUGACAGACUAAUGCACACACACUGGCAGAAAGACAUAAAACGCUUACAUCCAAACAUUUAUUAAAAUGUAAAGACAGAAGGCAAACAUUUAACACAACUUGGCUUCAUUAUCGCACAAAUAAAAUCAGUGUUGCACAUCAACAUGAAGAUGUUCCCAGCUUUUGCAAAAAAAAAAAAGGGGAUCUAAGAAGAACAUCAAAUUAUUGCUUAAAUCUGGUCUUGAGGUGCUGCAGUCUUGAACAUUUUUCUGUUUAGAGCGUUAUAUUUGCAUGCAAGUCAGCCAGAGAUAAUUGGUGAUCUGCAUUUAUUUUCAUUACUACCCCAGUACAGAAAGAAAGAGGCUUCUCUGCACUUGCCAUGCAUGACACUUCGGCCAUCUCGUGUCCUGGCAGGCAGUCAGCAGUAGGAUUUGGAUUUGCAUUCAUGACUUGUGGGAAAAAGUAUUUUCAAACCUUAAAAAAAAAAAAAAAAAAAA